UUUGCUCGUCACCUCGGCGACGCGGCCGCGGCGGAGCAGAAAGUCGCCAAAACCUUUCCGUUUUAGUCAGCCAAUCAAAAAUUAAACAAGUUAGCUCGUAGCCAGUGUGAAAAUGAAAAAAAAUAUGUAUUUUGAGAGACUAAAAAGACAAGAACGUCGAACUUAAAAAGUGUCGACGUAUGACGCGACACGAAAGAAAGAAGGCCGCUAGCUUGUCAAUCAUGAACUGAAUGCAUUGAAAAGUCAGUCAAAAAUAGUCGAAGCACUUUUUAAUGCUUGUUGGAGGGAACAUCACACUCGACGACUACGCGUUUGGAGAACUGCUCGCAGGUGUUCUUUUUAUCCGAAAGUACUGGAACGCCAGGUGACCACACCAUCGGCGUACGACCAAGAAGAAUUCACAAGAAUCCGAAGCGUGAGCAAGCAUGCUUCCCGCACGCCGUGCCAUGCUGCUUCGGCAGAAGCAGGACCAGCUGCGUGAGCGUGCGACUGAGGGCGCGCGUGAGAACGAGGCCUGUCGCGUCAACAAUUGCUGGCUACUGUCCAGCGAUGCUCGCUAUGUGGGCCACACCGUCCGGAGGGACGUGGAUGAUGUCAUGAUGCAGCACCGCUUCUCCGUCCACCAACGCCAACAAAGGCUACGAGAGCUUCUGGACGAGGAGGAGCGGCAGCUUGUGCUGGCGGCUCGCCUGGACCGGGUGACCCCGCUGGAGAGGCAAACGCAGAUGCGCGAGCGAGCUAAAAGUCUGCUCGACGCCAGGGAGGCACAGCGGAGACAGGUGGUUGCACAAAAGUUGGACCAGCAGUUCAGGGAGCAGUGCCAGGAACUCCGCGAGGCCCAGACGAAGCGGCGAGUUUUGCAGAUUUCCGAGGAACGAGCGGCCCAGAUCCGCAGCCAGCAGGAGUGCGCCCUUGCGCGCCAGCGCGAGGAAGACAUGUUCCACCAGAUGUGGCAAGCGGAUGCUCAUGCCAAGGAGGAGCGCGAACGGCGCGAGGCGUCCGACGCGCGGCACUGCAGCCAGAUGCAGAUGGACUUUCUGUGCGAGCAAAUGGCCGGGGCCGAGCGCCUGCGGCAGCGCGAGCGCCUCACCCGGCAGGAGGAAGCGCGGCAGGAGGAGGAGGAAAUGCAGGCUCUGCGGGAGCAAGUUCAGCGCGAGCGUCGCCUGGAACGGGACAGCCAGACGGCCCGCCGGCGGAUGCUGGAUGACAGUUUGCGUCUGAAGAUGGAGCGCAUGGCCAAGGAUCAGGAGGAAGAGCUCCAGAUGGGCCUCAAAAUCUUGCGCCAGUCACAGAAAGACGAGACUCAGGCCCAGCAGGAGACGGCCGAUAAGCGGGCGAGCAUGAGAGACGAGGACCUCCGCUUCCGUCAGUAUUUGGCCGAGCAGAUGAUCAAACGCAAGAAGGAUGAGGAGCAGAUGGAGCAAAUGAUGGCGGCUAAGAUGCAAGAGACGUGGGACGAACGGGAUAGACAGAAUCUCCUGCAGCAGGAGGCCAGGAACCGACUGAUGAACGAGGUCAUGGAGUCCCGACGGCUGCAGAAUGUACAGAAACAGCAUCUUGACUUUCAAAGACGCGCCGACAUCGCCAAGGAGCGAGUGGAGCUGGACGCCGCCUUCCGGGACAUGAAGCGGGCCGACGAGGAGGUGGCAAAGAGGCAGCGUCAGGCGUACACGGCGUACCAGACGGAGCUCCGGGCGCAGAUGGAGCAGCGUCAGCGUGAGAGGAAGGAAAAGGAGGAAGAGGAGCUGAGGGAGCAGCAGCGGUUGGAGCAGAUGGAGCAGGAGAAGCUGGAGAAGAAAGACGAAGUUAUGGCCAGGCCCAAUGACGGCGUCUUGCACCCGUUUCGGAAAGCGGCCAUCGAUCAGAAGCAACAGUGUGUGGCAGUUCUGGGCGGGACGCUGGAAGCUCAUACCUGUAGCGCGCCCCUGCGGCAGCGCGAGCGCCUCGCCCGGCAGGAGGAAGCGCGGCAGGAGGAGGAGGAAAUGCAGGCUCUGCGGGAGCAAGUUCAGCGCGAGCGUCGCCUGGAACGGGACAGCCAGACGGCCCGCCGGCGGAUGCUGGAUGACAGUUUGCGUCUGAAGAUGGAGCGCAUGGCCAAGGAUCAGGAGGAAGAGCUCCAGAUGGGCCUCAAAAUCUUGCGCCAGUCACAGAAAGACGAGACUCAGACUAAAUACUGUGUAUCCAUUGUUGCCACCAUUUUUUAUUUUUAUUUUUUGGGGGCGGUCCAUACUCAUCCGGUGUCACCCCGGCAGGCGAGCAUGAGAGACGAGGACCUCCGCUUCCGUCAGUAUUUGGCCGAGCAGAUGAUCAAACGCAAGAAGGAUGAGGAGCAGAUGGAGCAAAUGAUGGCGGCUAAGAUGCAAGAGACGUGGGACGAACGGGAUAGACAGAAUCUCCUGCAGCAGGAGGCCAGGAACCGACUGAUGAACGAGGUCAUGGAGUCCCGACGGCUGCAGAAUGUACAGAAACAGCAUCUUGACUUUCAAAGACGCGCCGACAUCGCCAAGGAGCGAGUGGAGCUGGACGCCGCCUUCCGGGACAUGAAGCGGGCCGACGAGGAGGUGGCAAAGAGGCAGCGUCAGGCGUACACGGCGUACCAGACGGAGCUCCGGGCGCAGAUGGAGCAGCGUCAGCGUGAGAGGAAGGAAAAGGAGGAAGAGGAGCUGAGGGAGCAGCAGCGGUUGGAGCAGAUGGAGCAGGAGAAGCUGGAGAAGAAAGACGAAGUUAUGGCCAGGCCCAAUGACGGCGUCUUGCACCCGUUUCGGAAAGCGGCCAUCGAUCAGAAGCAACAGUGAAAAAGCUUUUUGCGUCAAGUACUCGCCACAAACCCUCGGGGUAGGAGUGGCCAAUGAAAUAUGCAAGAAGCCACAUGAAAAACUGGAAUGCUUACCGAGGUUCCGAACCAACAUGCUAACCUCAAGUUUGCUUUUAUCAUUUUUACUGUGUAGAUGUGACAUGUAAGGUUAAUAUGAAUUUGAAGCAAAGUCAUUAAAAUUAAAUCUUUACACUUUC